AUGGUCCUCCUGCUGCUCAUCGCAAUGUCCUCGCCGAUGUACGGGGCUGUCGCUGCUCGAACGGAUCUCGUAAAGGAGGUUUUUCCGGGAAUGGAGGAGAAGGUGAGGCUGGGGUCGACCCCUCCGAGCUGCUACAACAAGUGCAACGGCUGCCUCCCUUGCCUGGCUGUUCAGGUCCCUACUCCGCCCAUCAGCCUCCGCGCCAAGAGGCCAGGCAGUCUCCGCCACCCUUCAUCAGUUGCCCCAACUGAGUUCCUUGACCCUUACCCUGAAAGCGGCCAGGAACCCAGAUACAAGCUGCUCGGGUGGAAAUGCCGCUGUCACGACCAGUUGUUCGACCCGUAGUUCGGUGCAGGUCGAUUGGAGUUGAUUUACUGCUCCCUCUUUUUUUUUCUUCUUUUUACUAUGAGGGAGAGGUAUCCGGUUUCGAUGAUGACGCUUUAGUUUAGAAGAAUAUCAUAUUUUUAGAAGUAAAGCAAA